CAGCAGCUGUCCUCCAGCCGCUUGUCCAGACUUUGAAUUGCCCAGACCAUCAUUCCGCGGCAUACUGCUUAUGGAGAUGCUAUGAAGAUUCGUCUGAAGGGAGCGAGCUGAGCGCAGAAGCGAGUGAAUCAAUUUGUAUAUUAAUGCCGGAACGACCACUAUAAAGUAUCAUUAUCAACAUCGAAGUCUACCAAGCCCACAUCAACAUUCCCGUCGACCUCCAACGCGUCCGCCGCAUUCGAAGCUACAGUCAUCAGAGCAAUCAUGAUCUUCCAAAACCUGUUCCUGGCUGCGAGCAUAGCCUCCGUCGCGACUGCUGCUAGCUACCACUGCAGAACCGAUGGAGCCGGAAGACGCGAAUUCCAGAUCACUGUUGCUCAGGCUGAUAAUGCCAUCGCCGCGGGCGGCACCACCACCGGAGGUUCAGGGUUCCCUCACGACUACUACGGUCUGUCCGGCGGCGGUGGGCGUGUGGUGUUUCAAGGUGCGGACGCGCGCUGCAACCAAGCCCAGCCCAAUCCCUCUCUCUUGUUGGAGUACCCUGUCUUCCCGGACGGUCGCGUUUAUGAUAAGAAUGCCAACCGACGUGGAGGUGGUACCCCGACUCCGGCGCGUGUGGUCUACUUGAAGGAAGGCAGCAUUCUGUGUGGUGUCAUGACACACGUUAUUGAGACCCCAGACGGCAAUGGCUCUGGGGACUUCCGCGUCUGCAGCUACUUUUAGAUAUCUCGAAUGUGAGCAUCUUGUUGAUAGAUCCUCAGGGCAUCUAGGUAGCAAAAACGCCUGGGAAAUUUCGACCUUGGCUUUUCCAAUACGAUACAAGAUUAGAUGCACGAUGUCUCUCGAGAUCGUCGCAAAUAUCUUUGUCUUUAGUGUGCACAUCGAAGC